AUGGGCAGAUUUGCCAGCCUAUGUAUGGCCUUGCAUGGGGUUUUUACCACCGCCAUAGCCACUGAGCUCAUUCCGCCGAGCCAAGAUCCCUGGUACAGAGCACCACAAGGAUUCGAAACUAAAGCCCCAGGAACAAUCCUACGCACUCGCCAAGCGCCUCCAAACAUAACAGCUCUUGUCAAUAACUCAGCAGAGGCUCAUCAGCUGUUGUUCCGAUCAACAGACACUCGCUACAGACCAUCAUGGGCGGUGACGACUGUUUUCCUGCCGACUGAGCAAAGCAAAAUUGGCAGGGAUAAACCUGCUUUGCUUUCCUAUCAGAUACCCUACAAUACACUCGACGUCGACCAGAGCCCAAGCUACGGAUUGUCGACCAUCUACGGAGAGGACAUUAUGGCUGAUGUGCGGGAGUGUCUAAGUCGCGGCUGGGCUGUGAGCGUGCCGGACUUUGAAGGCCCUGAUGCAGCAUUCUCAGCGGGGCCUCAGGCCGGCCACGCAGUCAUCGACUCUGUCAGAGCCGUCCUGUCUUUCACAAACCUCACGGACCCGAACAUAGCUCGCUAUGCACUCUGGGGCUACUCCGGCGGCGCAUUCGCAAGCGGCUUUGCAGCAGAGCUGCAGGCCUCGUACGCGCCCGAGCUAGACUUCUCGGGAAUAGCUCUAGGAGGAGUGCUCUCCAAUUUCACCCAGAUCAUAUACAAUGUCACGGGUUCCCCUGUAGCUGCGAUUGUGCCGUAUGCACUACUCGGCCUCACCGCUCAGUAUCCAGACGCACGGCAGUAUUUGAUCGACCAAAUGCACAAAGAGGGGUUGUAUAAUGCGACCACCUUUCUCAGUGCGCUGAGGAUUCCAGCUGCAGAGGCGAUUGCUCUGUUUUCUGGCCAGAACAUAUUUGACUACUUCAUCCAAGGCGACGAGAUCAUGAGAGCCCCUGAACUGGCCAGGGUGAUUGGUAACAAUUGGCAUGAAAGUUAUCACGGCAUCCCUCAGAUGCCGGUUUAUGCAUACAAGGCAAUACACGACGAAAACACCAACAUCCGCACGACAGAUGAACACGUCGCCAGGAUAUGUGGUGUUGGGGCAAACGUCCGCUACGACAGGAACACCAUUGGAGGGCACCAAGACGAAUCUAUAAGUGGCGGCAAAAGAGCGUUAAAAUGGCUAUCUGAUGCUUUGGAUGGACGAGAGCUUGAACCUAAAACUGGUUGCAGAGUUCAGGACGUGACGGAGGGUGUUUGA